AUGGAAUGGUUUACAAAAGGCCCGCAGCAUACUCGCUGCGCCUGUUCAGGUUGCAGUGAUGGAUGGUCGCGGUGUGACGUCACCGAGCGGUUUCUGCGGAGUAGCGGAGUGGAGGCCCCCCUCCGAGGAGGUCGGGCCGACACCCAGUCAGACACACAGUUAGCCGCGGACACCGAGCGGUACUCGCGACGUCUUCGGCGCUGUCUGCACACGCGUCUCACCUGCCAUUCGAGGAAUGCGCUGGCGUCGCUCGUACAACAGUAACGUGUUAGUGUGUUCCUGAAGCAAAAAGGCAUGUGUGUUGUGUCGUGCCCCGAAGCCACCUCAGAGCAGCGCCAGUGAGUCUGGCGAGACGACGGAGCUGCUCGCGCGUUAUCUGUCUCUCUGCCUCAAGAUCGUGGACUGAACGAGUCCAACAUCGACACGGACGAGCUGAGUUAGUCUGUAUGACAGGUUGCCGGCGCAGAAGACACAGUAGCCAUGCCGAGCAGCAGCCGCGGAACUCCUGACUCCCUCCACGCCUCGGGCGGCGCGGAGACGCGGGAGGACGUGCCGCUGAAGGCGCGGCACGCGGGCGCGCGCUGCCCCGCCGGCCCGCGGCUCAUCCUGGCCGCCUUCGCCGCGCUCUCCGCCGCCAUCACGCUGGCUCUGCUCACGCAGAUCUACUACGGUGACUACGAGCUGGUGCCGCACGGCAGCGUGUCGUCGUCGGCGGCGGCGUGCUCGCGCGCCGGCACCGACGCGCUCAAGGCGGGCGGCCGCGCGCUCGACGCCGCCGCCGCCGCUGCGCUGUGCCUCGCCGUGCUGGCGCCGCACCGCACCUCCCUCGACGCGUACGCACCCGUACCACUCGCUUCUAUACCGCCACCGAGCGGCGCGCUGCUGUACUGGGAGUACCGCAACGCGCGCACGCAGCCGGCCGCGCUGUUCGAGUGGGGCGACGCGCCGGCGCCGGGCGCCCGGCCGCCGCGCCUCGUGGCCGCGCUCGCCACGCUGCACGCGCAGCUCGGCGCGCUGCCCUGGCAGCAGCUGCUCAUGCCUACCAUACAACUAGCUAAGGACGGGUUCCAGGUGUCGGAGGGUCUGGCGGCGGCGGCGGCGGCGGCAGGGGACGCCUCGUACCAGGCCGGCGCCCUCGCUGCGGCGCCUGCGGUAGCCGCCUACCUCAGCGGCCUGCUCGCCAACACCAGUGCUGAGCUGUCGGCGGCGUGGGGCGGCGCGGCAGGCGUGCGGCGUGGGGCGGCGCAGGCGGCGCGUGCGGGCGCCUGGCGCGCACUGGCCGCGCCGCGCGCCGCGCCCGCUCUGCGCGCGCUCGCGCAUGCGCUGCAGCCGCCGCCCGCCUCGCCCGACGACGCACAGCGCAGGGCGCUGGAGUGGCUGCAGGGCGAGGCGCGCGCGGGCACGCUGGCGCCGCGCGGCGUGGCCACCGGCCUGGCCGCCGUCGACCAGUACGACACCUACGUCGCGCUCGUCACGGGCACAUCGGUGGCGUUCGGGUCGGGCCCGCUCGCGGCGGCCGGCUGGCAGCGCGACGAGCCCCCUGCGCCGCUCGACCUCGCGCCCGCCUUCUUACUCGACGACGCUGUGUGCGGAACGCGCUACGUGGUGGGCGCGGAGUCCGCGAGCGCGCUGGCGCAGGCGGCGGCGGCGCUGGUGACGGACGGCGCGCCGGGCGCCGUGGAGCGCGCGCGCGCCGACGUGCUGCCGGGCGGCGCGCUGGCGCUGCAGGCGGGCCGGCCCGCGCCCGCGCGCCUCGCGCUGCCCGCACCCGCGCCGCCGCGCAACGCCACGCCGCCGCACGCCGCCGUCAACCUGGUGCAGCAGCGCGCCGACGCGCUCGCCUCGCACGCCGACAGCCGCGGCGGCGGCCUCGCCUCGCGCUUCUGACUGCACUCGCACUCCUCCCACACUACAUGGACUUCUGCCUAAUUCUAUACCUUCGCUUCUACAUAUUAUAUGAAGAAUAAUAAGUUCCUAUAGGUACUUACCAAUUAAUUAAUCUUUAGGUAAAAACAUCAAUGAAAACCGAUAACCCUACGUAACCACCUCACUGUCGCAAGCAAUGUCCCCGUAAAAUCUGACAUCGUUUAAUGCAAGAAUCAUAAAAUAAAGAUGAAAAUGUAGUGAAUAGGUUUGUAACUGUAUCUCAUAGCGACUCAUACGUUUGCAAGCAAUCUUGGGUUUUAGGGCGCUCUCAAUUUAUGUGUUUCUUGGCGGUCAGCUGCGGUACCGAAGCGGUGCGUUUGACGUUCAGCGCCCGGGCGAUCCUCUUUUUUCAUUCAAAACACACUGUGCGGCAACAGUGCGGCGUCGGUACGACGAAUGUUCGACAACAGGACGCAACAUCGCAAGCGUCACAUGUUCAUAUCAGUGUUGUUCUUCGCCAGAGUCCAUGGUGAUGCCAUGCUUGAGUGAUGUCACAUCAUUGGGAUAAAAACGCACGCCAGUAAAAUACGCAUACAUAACCUGCAGUACGUUAAGCGUGCGUCAGCGGUCCGACACGAAACGCAUACAUUGAAAGCGCCCUUAGGGAAAGGUUCACAUCUGACGAAACAUCGUCGCGUUACGCCAAAACAGACAAAUACAAGAACAAAAAAUAUUGAGAGGUGUCAUGAGACACCUGGAUAGAACAAAAUUUCCUUUGAUUAUUUGUUACAAAAAACCUGUAUUCAAUCAAUAAAAAUAAUCGUCAUGGCACUCCACUCUCCAAAUCGAAAUAGAAAGACGAAACGAAAAUAACUGGGGCACGAUUCUGCUAAUUUUACUUAAGCGACAUACGAUUCACAUCCGACUGAGAUCCAAUCAUUUCAUCAAGAUUUUUUAUUUGAAAUAAACGUUUUGUCUGCAAAUGAUUUACAAUUGCAAUGUAAUUUUAGAGCAAACUACCGUAUAGACCGAAAUGGCAGACCAAUCGCAAACCAAUCGAAUGUCGUUAGAAUACGAUUGACGAAUGGGGCCCCUGGCUUGCUUUCUACGAGAGAGGAGGGACAGACAUAGAAACACGCACACGCUGCACGGCUUACAAGUUACGACUACUUAUAGCAAAAAGUGUCGUUACAACUUUUGGUCUUAAUUUUUUCUGCCUAGACCCCUUUCGAAACGCGCAAUACCUAAGGAUUUUUUUUCCAACAUUCAAUCUUUCACACCUAACAGAUGAUGCGUUGGCGUUGAUCAAACAUUUAUGAUACGUUCGACGCAGUUUCUGUCAGAUAUGAACCUUCCCUUGUCAUUGGUCAUUGGUUUAGUGUUAGCGUCAUGUUUGAAUGUCGCCUCAAUUUAUUGUGGUAAUGAGAGCGAGCGAGAACAAUUGAAGUAAUUGCGCAUCGAGUUCGCGUGAUAAUAAGAUAGUCACAAACGCAUAUUAAUACAUCGGCGCGUUCGUCCCGACUCCGGCGGGCGCGGGCGGCGCGGGCGUCCACUCGCGCGCUAUAAACAAACAUGUUUUGAAGCGCCAGCCUCACGCACACACGCGCAGCGCUCGUGCACACGUGGCUCGCGAGUGUGUGCACUUGUUGUUGUUGUGAGCGGCGCGGCGCAUGCGUCACGCUGAGGCCGCGGCUCGGGGCGCGGGGAGGCGCCUCGAGUACUUUGUUUGUCGUGUAGCGAACAUCGCACGGCUAUGCACUUACUAGCAUUCCUCUCUAAUGCAAUAAAACUUGUUAUUUAUACAAA